GGAGAAACAUGGCGCGGCCGGGGCCGUCCUGGAGCCGGCUGGACCGACAGCAGGAGCGCGAUGUGCGCGAGCUCGUGCGCCAUGUGGCAGGCCUCCGGGACGAGGCGGACCCCAACUUCCAGCUCUGCUUGAACUUCAUCUGGUCCAACUUCAGAUUUCAUCGUUUCUUGGACGUCAACAGUCACAAAGUAGAAAAGACGAUAGAAGGAAUUUAUGAAAAAUUUAUCAUUCAUUCUGACCUCAGUAAAGCUGCUAGUUGGAAGAGAUUAACUGAGGAAUUUCUAAAUGCGUCCCUUCCAAGCACAAAGGAGAUAAAGACGGAUGCACAUUAUUCCAUACUGUCCCUUCUUCUGUGUCUCUCUGACUCUCCUUCAAACUGCACUUACGUGGAGACCCCAAGAGACAAAGAAGUGGAAAAGAAAGAUGAUUUCGACUGGGGAAAAUACUUGAUGGAAGGUGAAGAAAUUGACCUUAGUCCGAAUGUAGACACACCGAACUGGUCUGAAGAAAGUGAGGAUGAAGAUGAUCAGCAGCCCUUGAGCAGAGAGGACUCUGGGAUUCAGGUGGAUAGGACACCAUUAGAUGAACAAGAGCACAACAGAAAACCAGGGCCACGUGUCAGCUGGAAAGCGGAUGAGCCAGACGCCCGCAGCUGGCUGGAGCAGCACGUGGUCCGUCAGUACUGGACAGCGCGCUCCUCGAGGUUUCCUCACAGUCUGCACUUGCACUCCAAUUUAGCUGCUGUCUGGGACCAGCACUUGUACAGCAGUGACCCGUUGUAUGUUCCAGAUGACAGAGUUUUUGUUACUGAGACACAGGUUAUCCGGGAAACCCUGUGGUUACUUUCAGGAGUCAAAAAGCUCUUCAUAUUCCAGUUGAUAGAUGGGAAGGUAACUGUGAGGAACAAUAUUACAGUAACCCAUUUGACCCACAGCUGUUUGCGGUCGGUGCUGGAGCAGAUGGCAGCCUACGGGCAGGUCGUGUUCCAGCUCCAGGAGUUCAUCGACGAGGUCAUGGGGCACAGCUCCGAGAGCUCGCUGCCUGGGAAUGGAUCCGGCCACAAGAAGCUGGCCGAAGCCCCCUUUCGAACUUACCAGGCUUUCAUGUGGGCCCUGUACAAAUACUUCAUUACUUUCAAAGAAGAACUUACAGAAAUCGAGAAGUGUAUCAUCAAUAACGAUACUACAGUAACUCUCGCCAUCGUGGUGGACAAGCUGUCGCCACGACUGGGGCAGCUGAAGGUUCUGCACAGAGUCUUCAGCACCGGGAUCGCAGAGGUCCCGCCGGACACUCGGAACGUCGUUCGGGCGUCUCACCUGCUUAACACCCUGUACAAGGCCAUCCUCGAAUAUGACAACGUGGGAGAAGCCUCCGAGCAAACGGUCUCCCUGCUCUUCUCUCUCUGGGUGGAGACCGUGCGGCCCUACCUGCAGAUUGUGGACGAGUGGAUCGCGCACGGCCACCUGGGCGACUGCGCCCGGGAGUUCAUCAUCCAGAGAAACAAAAAUGUUCCGGUAAAUCACAGAGACUUCUGGUACGCAACCUACACGCUCUACAGUGUGUCAGAGAAGACAGAAAAUGAGGAGAAAAUGAGCGAUAACGCCAGCGCGAGUUCCGGCAGCGAGCGGGGGCCCUCCAGCCGACAGCACACCAUGGUGUCCUUCCUCAGGCCCGUCCUGAAGCACAUCAUCAUGGCCGGCAAGUCCAUGCAGCUGCUCAAGCACCUGCAGGCCGGCGACAGCCCCGCAGGCCCGGCCACGGCCAGAGAUGCAGAAAGAAAAAGCCUUUAUACCCUCUUUCUGGAAUCAGUGCAGUCACGCCUUCGACACGGAGAAGACGCCCCCGCACAGCCCCGCACGGAGCGGCAGGCAGCCAGGGAGAGCCUAACUAAGACGCGGUCCGUCGCCGGGAGGCCCCCGGAGCUGGACGACGACGAGCAUGACCCGCUGCUGGCCGUCAACUUCGCCAGGUUGUAUUUGGAACAGAGUGACUUUCACGAGAAGUUUGCUGGUGGAGACAUCUGUGUGGAUAGGUCCUCGGAGUCGGUGACGUGCCAGACGUUUGAGUUAACGCUGAGAUCUUGCCUCUAUCCCCAUAUCGACAAGCAGUAUCUCCAGUGCUGCGGAAACCUCAUGCGAACACUGAAGACGGAUUACAGGCUGGUGGAGUACCUGCAGGCCAUGAGGAAUUUCUUUUUGAUGGAAGGUGGGGAUACCAUGUAUGACUUCUACACAUCGAUUUUUGAUAAAAUAAGAGAAAAGGAAACCUGGCAGAAUGUGUCUUUUCUUAACGUCCAGCUCCAAGAAGCAGUAGGACAGCGUUAUCCCGAAGACAGUUCACGUCUCUCUAUAUCUUUUGAAAACGUGGACACAGCUAAGAAGAAGCUCCCCGUUCAUAUCCUAGACGGUCUGACCCUCAGCUACAAGGUCCCAUGGCCUGUGGACAUUGUUAUAAGUUCGGAAUGUCAAAAAAUUUACAAUCAGGUGUUCCUUCUCUUACUGCAGAUAAAGUGGGCAAAAUAUAGUCUGGAUGUUUUACUGUUUGGUGAGCUGGCGGAGAAACCGCACCUGCAGCAAGGCCUCCAGUGCGGACCGCAGAAGAAACCAGAGCGACAGCAGGUUCAUCGCAUGUUCCUCUUGCGAGUGAAGCUCAUGCACUUCGUGAACAGCCUGCACAACUAUAUCAUGACCAGGAUUCUUCACAGUACCGGGCUGGAAUUUCAACAUCAAAUUGAGGAAGCCAAGGACUUAGAUCAGUUGAUUAAAAUUCACUACAGAUAUUUGUCAACCAUCCACGAUCGAUGUCUGCUGAGAGAAAAGGUCAGCUUUGUGAAGGAAGCCAUCAUGAAGGUGUUGAACCUGGCGCUCAUGUUUGCGGACGGUUGGCAGGCGGGCCUGGGCGCUUGGCGGAUGGAAUCUAUAGAGAAAAUGGAGUCUGACUUUAAAAACUGCCACAUGUUCCUUGUCACCAUCUUAAACAAAGCCGUCUGUAGAGGGUCCUUUCCCCAUCUGGAGUCUCUAGCUCUGUCCCUCAUGGCCGGAAUGGAACAAAGUUAAAUGUCUUCACGUGAUCGAUACCUCACACUUCGCCUCCAUGCAUGAAUAUCUGCACCAUGUGCAGCUGAGAAGUAGGAAUCGUUUUAUUUUGAUUCUUUUUUUGAAACUGUUGUCUACUGUCUAGACAAGUAAGGGUUUGCAGGUGUUUUCUCUGAAGCUUUUUGGGUAGUAUAUAGGGUUGUGUGUACAAAAUUAUGUCCAUAGUGCAGAUUGUACAUAAGUUAUUUACAUUUACAUGUCCUAUUGCAAGCUAUAGAUUUAUGGUAUUGAUACCUUAGAUGUGACUUACAUCAUUUUUGUA